CCCCCCCCCCUCGCCCUCCCGUCUGUGUUGUUUGCCCUUCGCUGCUUCUGUCGCCCAUUUCCUUUUGCCCUCGCACCCACGACGCACACAGGUGCCGCAAUGUCUCGGACAUCCUCUGGCCACGAGCCGGUCUCCCCGGUGGCCAGCGACGCGCCCCUCUUGGUGCAAUCAGCCUCCUCGGCAUCCCUCGAGUCCCCGGCCUCAGCUACGGAGGCGACUGAUGGCGGCCCGGUCGACACGCAUCACCAGCGCUUUUCGGGCACCGGGCAUCUGCCAGACCACGGAGACAAGCCCUAUGAUCGGUCCUCAAGCAUGCAGGGGAACCCCAUGUUCGACCAGGCACACCUGCAGAGCCAACAGAUGUUCCAAAACCAAGUGUACCAGUACCUGGCGAUGCAGGAGGCCCUACAGCGCCAGCAAUGGCAGCAGCACCCCCAGCAUCCUGCCGGCACUGAUGGAUCGCUCUUUCUGACGUCGACGCACGAGGCCAGCGCCCAGCCAGACCAGUCGCCAGAUCUGGUGGCCUAUCCGGCGGCCUCCGGCAUCCCGUACCCCUCCUUCCAUGGGGCCUAUCCCGAUGACGAGCCCACGUCUCCCCUGCUUGGCAGCCCGGCGCACCGGGGCCCCGGCGGCGAUGCGCACUAUGCCGACUCGGAUGCCGGGGUACAGUACUAUGACGCCUUCGACUCGGAGCCCGGGGCCGGCCUCGGCCCGGGGGAGGACAUGUACGCUGCCCCGGGGACCGGCAGCAGCAUCGGCUUCUUCGACCCCUCGAUGCCCUUCUUCCAGGGGUGCCUGCUGCUGCUGAUCGCCCUCCUGUCCAUCGGUAACAGUUUCCUCUUCGACCUGCCGGCCGGCUUGGAGCAGUUCAUCCUGCAUGAGAUGAAUGUCCCCCGCUGGGGGUAUGCCUUCUUGUACAGCGCCUACUCGCUGCCGGUGGCGCUGCUUUUCCUGGUGCUCGGUCGCCUGGCCGAUCGUUACCUCGGCACGCGGAGGACCCUGCUCCUGGCGGCGGGGUUCCUGGUGGUCGGCCAGUCGAUCUUCGUGCUUGGUGCCUACUUCCGGCUGUUUACCCUGGCCCUCCUGGCGCGCAUCAUGAUUGGCCUCGGCAGUGAGACCAUCUUCGUGGUGCAGCAGGCCCUGGUGACCUUGCACUUCGAAGGGCGCAAGCUGUCCAUCUCGGCCUACCUGAUCCUGGUGCUGAACCGCAUCGGCGCGGUCUUUGGUCUGUAUUCUUCCUUCGGCCUGGCCAAUCGCUAUGGCUAUGUCUUUUCCCUGUCGGCCGGCGUGGUGGUCACCCUGUUGAUCUUGCUGGCGGCCAUCAUCGUGGCCCUGAUGGAUCGGGCCGUGCACAAUGUCAUUGAGCUGCCCGUCACCAAGAUCAACAUCACCUUCCGCAAGCAGCAUGUGAAGGAUCUGCCAGUGGUCUUCUGGGUGAUUGCCAUCAUGUCGGCCCUCUACUAUGCAACCUUCUACAGCUUCAUCGCCUUUUCCAAUGGUUUCUUCAAUGCCAAGUUCCCCCUGGAGAAUAUCGCCCUCAUGACGAGCAUCCCCUACAUUGUGUCCAUCCCGGCAGCUCCGCUGUUGGGAUUCGUCAUCAACCAGCUUGGCCGGCGCAUUAUGUGGACCACGGUCGCCGGGUUGCUGGCCCUGCCGGCCUUCUACAUGCUGGCUCUGACGUCGCACUCCUCAAAGGUGUCCCUGAUCAUCCUCGGCACCUCGUUCUCCAUUUUCCUGAGCACCAUUUGGCCGAUGAUCGACAUCAUUGUCAGCCGGACCAAUGUCCGGACCAGCUUCUGCCUGCUUCACAUCAUCCAGCACCUGACCUUCGCGGUGGUCUGCCCGCUGACCGGCUUGUCCAUCGACAAGGUGGGCUAUUCGUGGACCUUCAUGACGCUGACAUUCACCUUUGUCACGAUCAUUGUCCUGUCGCAGUCCCUCAGCAUCAUGAGUCUUCUCCGGCGGGACUUCCUCAACUCCCGCACCCAGGAGUACAUUCGCAACCAGGUCAAGCAGCAACAGCUCAUCCGCCGCCACGAGAACACCCAAUCGAUUGCCAACACCUUCCGCGAUUACAGCAGCUUCGGUACCAACCCCCCGCCCGGGCAGCACCUCCACGACGAAAUUGUCUCCGGGGCUGGGCACUACCUUGCGACGCCGCACGUGCCGCACCACCGCGCCCCGGUCGACAUGUCGUACUCCUCCUCUCACGAAGAGGGGACACACAUUCACUCCUCGCCAGCCAUGUCCAUCAAUACCUGAUACGACCGGCCGCAAUACACCACCUGCCCUUGUCCUC